GGGCGUUUGUCGUUCGAUGUUCAAAAUAUUCGUUGAUGAAUACAUGUGAUGUUGAUAUAAUUAUUUUUCAGUUGUUUAAAUUAAUUUUUCCAUUAUGUUUACUUCGUGUUUUUUAUGUGUGUUCAUAACUUAUAUAGCUGUAUCCCAGGGUUUUUAUCAUUCUAAUAAUGAUUCGAAAUUAAAGAAUGGUUCAAUGUUAACAAAAAUUACAAAUGGUAUUGGUACAUCAACAAUCUACCAUACAGAAUUUUUUGAUAAAGAAAAGAAAAUAUCUGCGCUUAAAAAUGAAAUGACUAAAGAAUGUAUUUUAAAACAAGUGGAUGAUCAAGUAAACAUUUUAUAUUAUAAUAAUAAAUAUGACCAAAACAUGGAAUUAACUGAAGAUGAGAUGGUUGAAAUCAUUGGCGAAAAUUUAAGAAACUUUUGCAAAGAUAAAAUCAUUAUUUUGAAUAACUUUGACAAGAAACAUUUUAGUAGAUCAAAACGUUCAACAGAUAAGAAACGAUAUCAAGGUCAAACCCAAACUCAAUUUGUUAGUUUUGGUUCAAAAAAUUCAAACCAAGAAACAAAAAACGGAUUAGCCGAAGCUUUGUCACAGCCUGAUUUAUCUAGGGCAACAGUGAGUGGUUUAAAUGGUAUGGGACAAGCUCAAAGUCAGUCAAGCUUUGGUGAAUGUAAUGAAUGUUCCGGACAGGAUUAUAAAACGCAUUCAACACACGUAGUCAAUUCUCAUCCAGGAUAUUAUCCAUCACUUCAACCCCUAAGUUCUAUUUCUCAAAAUCAAAAUUUAAGACCAUAUGGUGAAUUAAAUACAAAUAGACAGUCGCCAGGUUUACAAGGUGAAGAAAGUCAAAAAGGAUAUUCUAUCAAUCAUCAAUAUCCAGAUACGUAUUCAGGUUCAGGAACAAAUAAUAAAUUACCGAGUAGUCAAGUUCAUGGAUAUAGUAUCAGUCCAUCUGUCGAUGCUCAAUAUUCAGGACCAGGAACAAACUAUAAAGUACCAGGUGAACAGAAUCAAGGAUAUAUCAUCAAUGAUCAAUAUCCAAGAUCUGAAACAAAUAAUAAACUACCAGAUAAUCAAAAUUACGGAUAUGGUAUUACUCCGUCUGUCGAUAAUCAAUAUACAAUUUCAGGGACAAACAAUCAAUUACCGCGACAUCAAGACCCUAGAUAUGGCAUCGAAUCGUCUCUUUAUGGCCAAUAUCCAAGUAAAAUUCUAGGUUCAAAAUCAAAUAAUGAUACAGAACUCGGUAAAAUAAACCCGGGAUAUGCAUAUAAUUCUGCAAAAGAACAAAUUCCAAAUUUAACUAAUAUUAAUACACCUGAGAACAAAAUAGCUGAAAAUAAUGAUACAGUUAACGCAAACUCACAUUCCAUUAAUUCUAUUCCAUUUAAUCCCAGUAGUUGGAGCUAUCCUAAUAAAAUCAAUAGUGAUACUCCUGAUACAAAUCAGCAAAUAUAUCCAGAUGGAUUAGGGUUUCCUAAUAUUCCUUCAGAAUCAGGUCAAGGAAUACUAACUCCACAUAAUACACUAAAUUUCGAUUCGACACAUCCUAGUUACAAUUGGCAAGUUCCAGUAACAACUUCAAUAGGUCAUCAAAAUAAACCAGCAAAUUACCCAUCUAGUGUUAUACCAAACUAUCAACAUCCAAUGACAAAUGUAUUAGGUCAAUUAACACCAAAUAAUCCUAUUUCAAGUGAUAUGAUCUCACAAAACAAACAAAGGAUUAUAAACGAAGCUGGUGGAACUACACAAAAUGGAUAUCCAUUAUCUGCAAAUAUACCCAGAGGUCAAGAUUACACCCAAUUAAAUUUACCUUCGUUAUGUAAUUUCCUAUACCAGACAUGUCUUAAUGCAUUGUCAAAUAAUAAAAGACUAAAUGAAUUUCAAAUAGCUAGUUCACAAAAUACCGUAAGAAAUCCAAACGUAGGAAAACAAAUUGGUAAUACCCAGGUACCUAUUACACAAUAUCCCGGUCUUCCUUUUUAUGGAGAAGGAAUUAAUCAAAAUCAAAAACAACCUAACUCUGGCCAACCUCAAUAUGUAAUUGGGUUAGUUGGAUCUAAUAUUCAGCAUCCUAGUGAUACUCAAACUGGUGGAAAUAUAAAAGGAUUUCAAUCUAGUUAUGGGCAACCUCAAGGUAUAUUAGGAUCAAGUGACUUUGGCGUCCAGCAACUGGGAUAUGGUCUAUCGGGUGGAAACGUAAAUCAAAUGCAUCCUAACUAUGGUCAGCCUCAAAGUGCAUCAGGAUUUGGCGUCCAGCUACCGAAAUAUGGUUCAUCGGGUGGAAACGUAAAUCAAAUUCACCCUAAUUAUGGUCAACCUCAAAGUGCAUUAGGAACUAGUGGAUCUGGCAUCCAACAACCGGGAUAUGGUCCAUCGGGAGGAAACGUAAAUCAAAUUCACCCUAAUUAUGAUCAACCUCAAAGUACAUUAGGAUCCAGCGGAUCUGGCGUCCAACAACCGGGAUAUGGUCCAUCGGGUAGAAACGUAAAUCAAAUUCACCCGAAUUAUGGUCAACCUCAAAGUACAUUAGGAUCUGACGGAUUUGGCGUCCAACAACCGGGUUAUGGUCUAUCGGGAAAAAACGUAAAUCAAAUGCAACCUAAUUAUGGUCAACCUCAAAGUACAUUAGGAUCUAGUGGAUCUGUCGUCCAACAUCUGGGAUAUGGUCCAUCAGGUGGAAACAUAGAUCAAAUGCACCCGAAUUAUGGUCAGCCUCAAAGUACAUCAGGAUCCAGCGGACCUGGCGUCAAACAACCAGGGUAUGGUCCAUCGGGAGGAAACGUAAAUCAAAUUCACCUGAAUUAUGGUCAGCCUCAAAGUACAUCAGGAUCCAGCGGACCUGGCGUCAAACAACCAGGGUAUGGUCCAUCGGGAGGAAACGUAAAUCAAAUUCACCCGAAUUAUGGUCAACCUCAAAGUACAUUAGGAUCUAGCGGAUCUGGCCUCCAACAACCGGGUUAUGGUCCAUCGGGAGAAAACGUAAAUCAAAUUCACCCGAAUUAUGGUCAGCCUCAAAGUACAUCAGGAUCCAGCGGAUCUGGCGUCCAACAACCAAGGUAUGGUCUACCGGGAGGAAACGUAAAUCAAAUUCACCCUAAUUAUGGUCAACCUCAAAGUGCAUUAGGAACUAGUGGAUCUGGCAUCCAACAACCGGGAUAUGGUCCAUCGGGAGGAAACGUAAAUCAAAUUCACCCUAAUUAUGGUCAACCUCAAAGUACAUUAGGAUCUAGUGGAUCUGGCAUCCAACAACCGGGAUAUGGUCCAUCGGGUGGAAACGUAAAUCAAAUUUACUCUAACUAUGAUCAACCUCAAAGUACAUUAGGAUCUAGUGGAUCUGGCAUCCAACAACCGGGAUAUGGUCCAUCGGGUGGAAACGUAAAUCAAAUUCACCCUAAUUAUGGUCAACCUCAAAGUGCAUUAGGAACUAGUGGAUCUGGCAUCCAACAACCGGGAUAUGGUCCAUCGGGAGGAAACGUAAAUCAAAUUCACCCUAAUUAUGGUCAACCUCAAAGUACAUUAGGAUCUAGUGGAUCUGGCAUCCAACAACCGGGAUAUGGUCCAUCGGGUGGAAACGUAAAUCAAAUUCACCCUAAUUAUGGUCAGCCCCAAAGUACAUCAGGAUCCAGCGGACCUGGCGUCCAACAACCAGCAUAUGGUCCACCAGGAGGAGACGUAAAUCAAAUUUACCCCGAAUCUUAUGGCGAUAACAGUUUUAGAGGUCCAUCUUUUAAACCAGGAUCAGAAAUUGGAAAUAUUAAUCCUUCAACAAAUCCAAUAACCGGUGGUCAGUUUGGAACAGAUAUAUCAUCUGGAGAUUCUGUAACUCUUAUUGACACUGAAGGAGGAGAUGCACAAUCAAUGACUAAUGUAGAUGUGGAUGGCCAAGAAACUAGAGCAUCGGCUUCAGCUCAAGGAAAAUCUAAAACAGGUAUGAGUCAGACACAAGUAUCUGGAUCAUAUUUAGGAACAGGAAUGUUUUCUGCUCAAGCUCAAACGAGUGAUAGCGAUAAAGGAGCUCAAAGUCAAAUUGUAAGUAAUACAAAUGGCACAACAAGUACAGCACAGGGGAAAGGAGGAAGGGGACAAGCGCAAUCCCAAGUUCUUUAUAAUGCUGAUAAUGGCAUUGCUUUAGGUGAAGCACAAAGCUCAGGAAUUAAUUAUGGGACAAACACUCAAUUGCAAGCUAGUAUUAAAGGAGGAAUGGCAGAUGCACAAUCAACUGGCCUAGGGAGUACUUCUAGUCAGGCUCAAAUAGGUUUCUUACCACACGAAUCCAAUAAUAGCACUAAUCAAAAGUCAUUAUUCAAAGGUGGUGGUACAACUUCAGCUCAAGGUGGAUCAUAUAGUGGUCAAUCGCAAAGUCAACUAUUUGGGUCAUAUAAACAUGGAAUUUCAUACAAUGGUGCUGCCCAAGCAAGUACUGGUAAAAAACUUCAAAACUUACCAAAAUUUAAUUUAGCCGAUGCGAAGUUGAAAAUUGGGCAACUGGAAGGAUCCAAUAAUGAAGUUAAAAAUCAAACUAAUGCACUAAAGAACCUACAGAUUAUUCCAAAUACAUUAAAUCAAAUAGAUAAUUCCAGCGUUGAUAAUCACAAACAACAAAAUAUUUCUUCAACACAGACUCCACUUAUUCUAUCACAAGAACCAUCUAGAAAUUUCGAUGUUUAUUCUGAAUAUGAAGAUAAUGAUGAGUAUGAUGACGAUAGUGAUGAAAUUGUAAACACAAAAUCAGUACAAACAAAAAAAGAAACAAUCCCAAAGCAAGAGCAAAAUAUUAUUUUAAAUUUAGAUAACAAACACGAUGCCCAGAUUACUCGAGAUUCUGAUAGUCAGUUAAAAUCUGGACAAGUAUUAGAUGCUGGCCAAGUUAUACCCGGUACUAAUGGGACUAAAAUACCAAGUGGAUUUAGAGGUAGGGUAGCUUCAGUAGCUGGAGACCAUACUGAAGCUCAAGCUACUCCGGGAGGCCAAGCUCAAACUCAAACUGUAUUUUUAACACCUGGAGUAGGUAGCUUAACUGUGGUAGACAAAACAAAAUUAAGAGCACAGUUAAAUAAAGAAUCAUAUGUUAAACCUACUAACAGUUUCCAAACUGAAAUUAAUGGUGGAAUAAGCAAAUUUAAAGCUAAUGAAAAUAAUGUUCAGUAUUUUACUAAAUCAUCAACUUGUGGUUACUUUUCAUUUUCAUGUAAUUAUGUAAAUGGUGCAACAAAUGGGGCCAAAAUAUGCAAGCCAAAUCCACCACCUUUUCCAUGCCUGAGAAGUAAUUAAUGAUUAUAACAAAUAUUAAUAUAUAUAUAGAUAUAGAUAUUUUUUAAAACAAUUAUGUAUAUUUUAGAUAAGUUAAUUGAGUACAAAAUUGUAUACUAAUUAAACCUAAUUUUGUACUAUGAAAUACAGUAGUUUUCAAUAACAUUUAAUAUUUUAUAAGCUAAUUUAACUACUAUUAUUUGUUUUUCACAUGAUUAUUUCUAUAUAAAAGAAAAUUCACAAAUGCAAUAUGAAUAACUACAUAAUAAGACAAUUUAAAAACUGUAAAAUGAAAAUGUCUCAUGUGUUUGAAGAAUACAAAACAAGUAAAAAAUAUAAUUUAUGAAAUACAUGAUUAAAUAUAGAUUUA